AUGUUUCAUUCUCAGGGUUCUUCGAAACAAAUUUGUAGUCUUCUUGCAGUCACUUGUGGGAAAGUCUCCGAAUCCAAACGCAAAAAGGAUGUGCCAGAGAAUCGGUCGCUGUAUCCUUUCCCGGAGUUGAUAGGGAGGGGAUACGACAUCUCAACGGAUCUACAGCUCAAGUACUACAAAGGAGGAGACUCCUUUGAUUCGCGUUUGAUUGAGAUUGAUGAAGACGAUGGCCGCGAAAUCGUUUUGCCCGGUGGAAUUAUAAUCUCGAAUGUUUCUAAAUCCAUCAAAUGCGAUAAAGGCGAGCGAACGCCGUUUAGGUCCGAUGUUCUCUCUUUCCAACAGAUGUCAGAGCAGUUCAACCAGGAAAUUUAUUUGACUGGAAAAAUUCCUUCGGGCCUCUUCAAUGCAAUGUUUGAUUUCUCAGGUUGUUGGCAGAAAGAUGCAGCCAACAAUAAGACCCUUGCUUUUGAUGGGGUGUUCAUCACGCUAUACACUGUUGCAUUGAAAAGUCUCAGAUGGUACUACGUGAGGAAAAGACAAAGAAAGGAGGACAGUUACUUCCAAACAAACAAUUGCAGAAACCAGUCUUUCAUUGAUGAUUUCCAACUGAAAAGAAACAUGGGCAAGUUUUAUGGUCCUGAGAUAUAGGAGCAUCCACGAUUCUCUGGGUUAUCUGCCAAGAAAAAACAAGACACCCACGAUUCUCAAUGCAUUAUUUAAAGAAUGUAGCCUCUACCCAGUUAGCAUUAUACCCCAAUAGAAAAUGUAAAGACAAAGUUAUAUAAUAAAUCUCAUUGGUACACUUUUCCUUU